AUGAUCUCCCAACCGACCGGGAUGGCUUUCCUGAACUUGCAAACCAUCCCCCCUAUCGUGCUGUCAUUUUGUGUCUAUCUGUUGCUUCUUAGCAUCUACAGACUCUGGUUCCACCCUCUUUCCAGAUUCCCUGGCCCCAAAAUUGCGGCUCUCACUUUAUGGUACGAGUUUUACUAUGAUGCGAUCAAAAAGGGAUUGUAUACUUUCGAAAUUCAGCGUAUGCAUGAAAAAUAUGGCCCUAUCGUACGAAUCAGCCCAAACGAAAUCCAUGUCAAUGAUCCAAAUUUCAUCGAUGAACUAUACGCAGGCGGCGGAAAAAUUCGCGACAAGUAUCCAUAUUUCAGUGCUCAGUUUGGAAUCCCAGAGAGCGUCUUUGGGACGCCAUCGCAUCAUCUUCACCGGUUGCGACGAGGGGCAUUGAACCCCUUCUUCUCCAAGUCGUCAAUCAAAAAAAUUGAACCCGUGAUACACAGGGCGAUCGAGAAACUUUGCCAGCAAUUGCAGACGUACGCUGGAACGGAAAAACCCGCCACUCUGAACAUGGCAUUCAGCUGCAUGACGACCGAUAUUGUCACACAAUAUGCCUUCAAUAAGAGUUACAACUUUCUGGACUCGCCCACCUUUGAGCCAAAUUUCCACCGCGCAAUUGUUGCUGGUUCCGAUAUGGGCCUUGUCGUGAAGCAUUUCCCUUGGCUUUUGUCGCUCAUGAAAUCAAUGCCGCCUUGGCUUGUCACCAAGAUCAACCCAGAGAUGGGCAUAUAUCUCCAGUUCCAGGAGGAUGUGCGGAAGCAGAUCAAGGAUGUUCAGGAUGAAUUGGUCGGGUCCGAUCCAAAGGUUGCCCGUCAUGCGACUAUCUUCCACGAGUUGUUGACGGGAGAUUUGCCAGAGCAAGAGAAGAGUAUUGCACGCCUGUGGCAGGAAGGGCAAAUUGUCAUAGGUGCAGGAACGGAAACCACAGCUUGGACUCUCUCAGUCACCACUUUUUACUUACUUGAGAAUCCCGAGAUUCUUGGACGCCUGCGCUCCGAGUUGCAAGAGGCAAUUCCUGAUGCCGACGAACGCAUUGAGUUGAAAAGACUUGAGAAUCUGCCCUAUUUGAGUGCGGUGGUUUCAGAAGGGCUACGACUUUCAUACGGCGUGAGCACACGCCUUCAACGAAUUGACCCCGAUGAAGCCCUCUACUUCCGCAGUCAAACAAAGACUGGAAGGACCGCUGAGUACUGUAUACCCCCCAGAACUCCAGUUGGCAUGACAGCAACGUUGAUUCAUACUCAUCCCGACCUUUUUCCUGACCCGUACGAGUUCCGUCCCGAACGCUGGCUGGAUGAGCAGGGUCAACGCCACAAGAGACUGGAUAAAUACUUGUUAUCUUUCUCGCGAGGAAGCCGCCAGUGCAUAGGUAUCAAUCUCGCGUAUGCGGAGCUCUUUAUGGGAAUUGGACUUCUCAUGAGGCGAAUGGGAUCGAAUAUUGAACUCCAUGAGACCACAAGAGAGGAUGUUGAAAUUUGUUAUGAUCGUUUUGUACCGACCCCCAAAGACACGACGCAGGGUAUCCGGGUUCUUGUGAAGUGA